AUGUCGGGCCGCCUGGCCGCCGACGGCCGUGGGGGCCGCCCGUACGCGCGCUGCCAACCGCCGCCGCGUACGCACGCGCUGUGCGCGCUCCCGCCGCGCCCGGACAAUAAGACCCGGGACGCCCACGGCCCCGCCCUCCCCGCUGCCAUAGAGAGUCUCCACGGGAUGCUUGCUUCCUCAGGCACCAUAGGAGCAUUGAUGGCUUGGCUGAUCAGCUAUAAGCCAGCCUUGUUUGGCUUUCUAUUCCUUCUGCUGUUGCUUAGCAACUGGCUGGUCAAGCAUGAACUCAAACCUACUCCUCAAGAGCCCCAGCAGGACAAGAUCCUUGAACGGCUUAUGUUCAGUGAAAUGAAACUGAAAGUCUUAGAAAAUCAGAUGUUCAUCGUAUGGAAUAGAAUGAAUCACCACAAGCAGUCAAGCCGACGGCGGACUUUUCCAGCAGGAAAACACAGAAUGCGGAGGCGGGAGUCUCUUUUCUCCAUCCUCUCUGAUUGCACUUCCAAUUCCCCCUAA